AUGUCCAAGGAAGAGCAAGCGCGAUCCACUCCCCAGGCGGAAGUCGAGGCACCCCCGCCCGUAUAUCCUGCAAUGCCCCAAGCCUCGCCGUACCCACAAACAGGCGGACAGUAUCCCAUGCAGCAAAUGCCUGCGCCAUCGGGAUACCCCUUACCCCAACAACCAGGCGGCACUACACCAGGACCAGUUGACCCCGCGAUGGCAGCAGCCAUCGCUGGUCAGCAGUACCGCGAUCAACUUUUUGCCCUGUGCGCUGCCGGACAGCAUGAGCGUGUAACAAGCUACGGUAUCUGUGGGAUUAUAACAGCAGUCGUCUGCUUCCCCUGCGGUCUCAUCUGUCUAUUCUCCGACACAGAGGAGAAAUGCGCGCGUUGUGGUGUCUCGUUGUCUCGUUGA